AUGUACUUGCGGACGCCGCUUGUGCAGCGCGGUGUGCUGCGUUGCCACCCGCCUCGAUGCCAUCGACGAGCACCGGCUGUGACCACGUCAGCGCCGUUGUCGUCGUCAGGUAGCACCGAUGGAGGAAGUGACUUUGCAUGCUACAUCGAGGCGGAGUUCACGGAUACGCUCUUCGCGGCAUCUUCGCCUACUGAGGCGGGCGCCGAUUCAGUGGCGCAGCGAACCAACUCCUCCUUUUACCUUGUGCCUGCAGCUGCAGCAGCAGCAACAGCAGCACCGGCUGGUGCGCAGCGCCACUACCGACGGCGGCGCUCUCUCCACUGCGGGAGUGAGGUGUCGAGCCUGCCGCCCACUCACGCUAUCUUGAACCACCUGAACAGCUCCCUGUGGCUACAGGUGCUGAUUCGCCUGCAUAGUCGCGGCACGCUUUCCGGCGAGGAUUGUGCCGGUGCACUUCGGUACUUGCCAGCUCUCACGUACCGCCCGCUAAUGCCGUGGUUGUGGAGCCCAGCGAUCUUGUCGACGCCAGCGGAGGCAGCACAGCCGAGCAGCACAAGCCACCGCAGCGAGGCCAACCGAGGCAGCGAGGCGGGGAACGUUUCGGGUGCGCGGGACAGCGCGGAGGAUGAGGUGGAUCUGGGUACGGAGGUGCGCAGAAGCGUGUGUCUGCCCGCGCUGGCAAUGAGCUGCCGGCCUGCAGCUCCACCAGCACCGCUUGCUACAGCGCCGCUCACGCUGUACACGGUCACAGACAUCAGCACCGCUGCGCCGUCGCAGUGGACUGUCAUUGCGACCUCUGUGGUGAAGUCGACGCUCGCGAAUGCACCGCCACCCACUGUCAAGGAUCUGCUGAAGGUGUGGCACGACCUCUUCUUUGCCCUCCGCUAUCACGCGGUGUGGGUCAGUACCCCGGAGCAGCUGCGCGACAGCGCUCACCCGCAGCUGAUGCGCCUGUUCGAGUGCUUCUACGCAGAUGUCCGGCGUCACAGUCAACUUUCCAGCGCGAGUGAGGCUUGCUGUGUGGCACCACUCCUAUCCUCUGAGGAGCUGCCGCUGCAGCAACGGCGCACCGAUGUCAUUACCGAGGUGGUGGUGCGAACGCUGACGCCGCCCAUCCUGCUUCGAAAGCUCCGCAGCCUGUAUCGCCCGCACCGCCACUCCGCAAUGCUCUUCGCCGAGCUCUACGCCACGUGCGUUGAAGAAGAGGAGACGUUCGUCUGUCUCCGCCGCUUGCACGCACGCAGCCCCGGUGACAUGCCCGCGCAAGAGGCAGCGCAGCCCGCUGCACGCACGCAGCAGCGGCAGCAGCUCACGACGACAGCCCUUUUAAUGGAUGUCGAUCUCGCCGCCUCUUACGCGACGCUGCCGGGGCGCCGCUACAGCGGCCUCAGCGACGCAGGCGAACAAUGGGCUGCUACGCUGCAGCACCUGCGGUUCCUGCUUCCUCGCGUGUAUCUCCUCCAGGAGUGUCGGAGGGCUCAAGGGGCGCCACCCACGUCAAGCGGGAACGCUGCGGAAGAAGCGGUGUGGCAGCCGUGGCGGCAGGUCGCGUCUAUCCUGAUGAACGUGUGCGUAUGGGUCAGCAACGACAACGCCGAGGCGGAGCGCUGCGGCGAAGCGCUGCGGUGCACCGUCGAGGUGCUGCGAAGCAUGAACGCGGAAUCUUCCACGCCGGGCCGUGGCGGUGCGCACAGGCUGCGCGCCCCUCCGACAUCCCAGGACGUGGGCACCUUCAUCUCUUGCCUUGUUGCGGCAGCCCGGGACAGCAUGCGAACGAAGGCAGCUCAGCUGCAGUACGGCCCAACGGAUGGCCUGUUGGGCGUGUACCUGCUCUCCGUGGCCGUCGCCGCCGUCAUUCCAGCAAGCGCGCGCUCGCGCAAGUCAGUGGCUGAUUGCCGGCAGACUGGUGACGCAGUACGCAUACUGAGCACCGAUGCGGAUGAAGACGCCGCGGAGCUGCUGCAUCGACUGCGUCUUCUCGUACAUCCCUCGAAGUCGACGCCUCGCGAGGUGUGGGCUGCGCUGCGUCGCUCCCCGGCUGCUGGCGAAGCUGCCCGCCACGGCCUUGUCACGGUCGGGCAUCAUCUCUUCAACGAGUGCGUCAUGCCACUAGUGAGCCAGCCAAAGGUCUUCUCGACCGCCCAGCGCCUCUAUGGUCGCUUGCGCGAGUGGGCCACGGAGGUAGGCCGACCGCUGGGCCUGCACGGCGAGCCUGUCUCCGCGCUGUGGAAACUGCGGUGGCUGCAGCAGCACCUUACCACAGGUGGCGACAGCGGCACGGCCAGCACUCUUCUAGGUCGGCUCACGUCCGGUCGCGCGCAAGCGGGCAGCGAUCGCGUUGCAGCUCACGACACAACAACGCUGCCGAGCCCUUUGUGGUGGCGCUGCGGGUGCGGAUUCGAGAACGAAAGCAUCAGCACCGGUGUGCAUCAUGGCAACGCUGUAAGCGUGGCGUGCGUGGCUUGUGUCCUGCGCACUCUAACACCGCUGAGCUGGGAGUGUCCGUCCUGCCACGCCGUCGCCAACAGCGGCGAAUGCGUGCCGUACUGCCUGCGCUGUGGAGAGACCCAUCCUCUGGCGGCAAAGCUUGGCAUAGCUGUCAAGACACCCAACGUGACGGGUGCCCACACGUGUGGCGUGACGUUCUGCAAGGGAUGUCCACACCUGAGAACAGUGGCGUUGUUGCAGCCGAGAGGGCUGCCCAAGAGCUCGCUGGUCUACACACCGACGCCACCGUCAUUGCUGAAUCCGCCGGAGGCCACCGAAGGCGUGGCACGCUGUUGCUGGGACUGCGGGCAUGCGUGUGGCGACGCGCACGUGGCGCCUCUUUCGUCUCGAUAUGUGGCGCCGUCUGGGCACGGAAAUGAUGAUGCUGCGCUGAAUAGCCUCUCUGAGGAUGGCGACUCACUCAAGGUGGGUGGCACGGGAGCCGUUGUCUACGUGUGCUCUGACUGCCACGCCAUCUCCACAGGACCGCACAGCGCCGCGCUCCCCAAGAUACCAAACGGGGCCCCAGCGACAGGGUCCAGCACGGCUUCCUGCAGCAGCUGUGGCACCAGGGAGCCUGGCUACUACACUGCUGCUUUCGCCUGGGCAUGCGGCUGUGGCGCCUGCAAUUCUGCACUGCACGCGUACUGCCAUGCAUGCUCACGGGCUGCACAGCAGCCCACUGUGACGUGCACGCACUGCAACCACGCGCAGUCCGUGAGGGGAGCCGCGGCGUGGGCCGGAAGCAGGGGUGCAUGCGAGCGAUGCCACCACCCACACCCUCGCGUCCUCGCUGCCGUUACUCAGCAGCGCCUCGUCCGCUGCCCUGCGUGUCAAGGCCAUGUGCCGUCCACCAGCGUACAGUGCCCGCACUGCGCGUGCACCGCCGUGGCGGCGGUGGCUGCGCUGCUGCCAACGGAGGCGGACCAGCCUUGGCUCUGUCACCACUGUGGCAUAACACACGCGGUCCGCGACACAGCGGGCGGCCAGCUACGCACUCCGGUGCACCUGACGGAUCCCUCAUCCUUGCAUCUGCUGCUGCCACCGAUCACACGUGCUGAGGACGGCUACUGCACGACGUGCGGUACGCGUCGUCUACCGGCGACCGCGUGGGAGCGCGGACGCCUCUGGGGGUGCAGUGAGUGCGGAGAGCCGUUCAACAGCGAGCUGGCGUGUCGGCGAUGCGCUGCUCUCGCCCCUGGCGUCCCUGCCGGUCAGGUGUACGCGUGGCGCUGCGCAACGUGCGACGCGUAUCACCCGAGCUGGGAGAUGCAGUGCCGCGCUGCUGGCUGUGGGGGUCGAAGAGGCGCAGAAGAUGUGUGUGCACGGUUUUGCUAUUCACCGUGGACGUGUGCCGAGUGCGGCGAGGUCACGCUGUCCUCGCACGCCGUCACCUGCGCCACCUGCGGCGCGGAGACCCCGACGCCCCUGCGUGCCACCCCAUGCACCUACAGGGACGCCUGCGGGACGACGGCGGCCGCAACGGCAGGUGCGCACGCGAAGUGGCACCGUGGGAGAGUGGAGGCGAAUAGCAGCGCACGCGCACAUGAGGAGCGCACGAUGCCGAAGGCCCUCGCAGGCGCCGAAGGAGACGUGCGGGAGCCGUCUGCCGGCACCUGCACAGCUCUCUCCCCGUCACUCUCGCACACGCCAUCCGCGCUGUCUUCAGCUCAUGCGGCGACGGCCCCGGAUUCGCGUCUAGCAGAGGUGGAGACGUUCCUGCUGCAGGCCGCUGCACACCCAUCUCUGCCGUUGCUUACUGAACCGCUGGACACGGCGCUGAUGGGAGCCGUGUCGUGUAAGUCGCUACGGCCGCACAGGAGCCGCGAUGCCUCCGCACCAGCGAGUGAACCGGCAGGUGACUCAGCGAAAUCGCUUACGGAUCCGACACACCGCGACGGCGUUCGUGCUGGUGGUGCCGCAGGUACGUCGACGCUCGCCGUGGAGCCGUGGGAGGACGCGUACGCGGCGACCGUCAUAUCGUUCUAA